AUGUACAUGCCGCUUAUCGCAACAGAUGGGAUUAUUGUUCAAUUUAUAAAACAACAAAAUUCUACGCUCGAAUCCGGUGACAUUAUUGGAAUUCUCACUAGUCGAGUUCGUCACGCGUUACCUUUUGAGGGACAACUUCCUGUAAUGAAUCCGCCUAUUUUAGUCGAUGGUUAUGAUAAUCAAGCAAUGUUACAAAGAAGCGUCAAAGAAUUAAUUGAACUUUUAGAAAAUUCCGAUCUUGAAUCUCAUGCAGAUUUUUAUGAGACGCAUAGUCAAGGAUUAGAAUAUCCUGCUAAACGAUUAAAAGAAAUGAUUGAUAAUUAUUCUCUCUAUUUUGUCAAACCUUCAGACCUUUCAAGUUUAAAUCUGUGGUCGCUCCCAAAGUAUCAUGAUUAUGUUUUAUUCUCGAAUUCUGACAAACGUGAAGAAGAAGCUGUCUAUGUUUUACGGGACGAAUACAAGAAUAAUCUGGACAAGGUCGUCUCUAUUGUUUUGCCACAUUCCAAAGCGGAACUUGGAGGACGUUUCGCAACCAAAGUUGCAUUGAAGACGCGUGAAUUGUUGAUUCAUUGUCAUUUACCUUCUUAUGAAGAAAAAUUAAUUGAUACUCGAUUUGCUGUUUUCGAUGUUCUUCCGAAUUUCCUUUAUCAUCAAGAUAAUUGGGUUGGGCUUGCCACAUUAGAAGUUUACGCCCGACGCGCUUAUCGAUGGAAAUCUCAGGAUCCAUCAGAUAGAUACAAUAUAAAUAAUGUUUUGAACUUCGAUUUAAGGCUGGAAGAUGAUGCUAUAGAGGAUGAAGCUUUGAAAAAAACAAUUCAAACCCCUUAUACAACGACAUUCUUAUGA